AUGGCGAAUGUAAACUGUAGAAUCGUUUUUGCUUUUAUGUUCAGUGUUUUCUCCUUGGGGAAAUGCAACGAACAAGUACCUCUGAUUAUGUGGUCCAGCGAAGGACUGCCGUCGCAGAGCCCACCUGCGGCGGGUCAUGCAGUAUCUAGCGGUGAGUUGGAGUCAUAUCUGAGCUCUGCGCUAAGCUCCGCACCGCACAACCUACUGCUGUUCCUUCAGGACAAGCUGAGUGUGGAUGACUUCACAAUGUACGGGGGUGUUUUUGGGAACAAACAAGACAGUGCAUUCACUAACCUAGAGGGGGCAUUGCAGGCUUCUUCCUCUCCACUCUUCCUGCCCGCUGUGGACUCUGCAACAGCAAGUGCUCUUCCUGCCCUCCUGCAGGAACAGUUGGACACUUCUCCUCUCUAUUUGGAGCCCGAGACUCUCGCCCAACUCCGCCUCAAUGCUUCUGUUGCCGCCCUGCUGGUCAUUCGCCUGCCCUACAGUUCAAGCUCUGACAUGAUGUCAGCCAAAGAGGUUCUCAGUGGAAAUGACGAGGUGAUUGGCCAGGUUUUGAACAUAAUGACUGCUCAGGCUGUACCUUACACGGCUGUGUACUCUGCCCUGCGGCCCUCUCGGGUGAUUGAAGACGUGUCCUUCGCUGUGCAUUCCGUUGGGCGAUCUUUGCUGCAGUCGUCUCGGGGCCCAUAUCCGCCGGUGGAGUUUAAGGAGAGAGACUCCACCUGCAUCCUCAUGUGGGCAGAGAAUCUGUCAGUCAGUCAGUUUCGAUCAGGGAAGUGGGAAAGGCACGACCUUGCCUCCCAAACAUUCGGCGAGUCCAGUUCAGUCAAGCUGGAAGGCUCCUUUUGCAACGAGACUCAUUCCAGACUGGAGCUGAGUUAUGAAAAUGUUUUGGGAUAUCGUUCUUUUAAACUCAUUUUUGCUAUGAGUCAGCGUCACUACAAGGUGUCCGCACGCCGUUGGUUCACCAUGGAUCAGGUUGAGCUGAUUUAUGAUGGUAAAAAAGCCUCAUUUAACGCCAGUCGACACAUCUAUGCUCCAGUUGAAUAUUCCUACCGCUGUGAGUCUGUCACCAGCUUCCGUUAUGCUAUGCUCACCCCACGCUCCUCAAAGGACAACGCCAACGACUGGAGAGUCUCUUUUGAUGACUUCCAGAUCCAAGGUUUCAAGGUGUCUGGGAAGGAUUUCUCCUAUGCGAGUGACUGUGCUGGUUUCUUCACUCCUGGGAUCUGGAUGGGCCUGGUGACAUCUCUGCUGAUGGUUCUGGUUCUGACUUACGGCCUCCACAUGAUCAUGCAACUGCGCACCAUGGACCGUUUUGACGACCCCAAAGGCCCCGCCAUUUCUGUCCCACAAACAGAGUGA